AUGACAGCGGGAACGGUUGUGAUCACUGGCGGAAUCCUAGCUACAGUGAUCCUCCUCUGUAUCAUUGCUGUCCUGUGCUACUGUAGGCUCCAGUAUUACUGCUGCAAGAAGAGUACAGACGAUGAGGAUGCCGAGGAGGAGGAGGAGGAAGAGGGGGAACACGACCUUUCCAUCCAUCCCCGAGCCCCUACCUGCAAUGCCUGCAGCUCCCAAGUCCUGGACAGCAGAGGCAACCUGGCGCCUCUCACCAGCGAGCCCUGCAGCCAGCCAUGUGGGGUGGCCAGCCACUGCACCACUUGCUCCCCAUACCGCACCCCCUUUUACAUACGGACAGCUGACAUGGUGCCCAAUGGGGGUGGAGGCGAGAGGCUCUCCUUUGCCCCUACACAUUACAAAGAGGGGGGGACCCCAUCCCUCAAACUGGCAGCACCUCAGAGUUACCCGGUGACCUGGCCAAGUUCUGGGCAUGAGGCCUUCACUAAUCCAAGGGCUAUUAGUACAGAUGUAUAA